AUGCACAAAUUGGACCUUCCCAUCGACCCGAAGCAGACUGCAGCCAUCGAACGCAGGAGGAACGCGGAGCUCCAGCGCCAGAGUCGCAUCUUCAAUACCAAGCACAGGGUCAUAGGGGUGGAUCUCCUGUCCCUGGAGCAGCAAGCGCGAGAGAAGAAGACGAGACAGGACAGGGAGCGACUGCGGGACAACGCUUGCGGUAACUGUCUCCACGGGGACAGCCUGCGCUACGCCAAGACGGCCCAGCUCCUCGAGGCCCAGGAACAGGAGCGGACCCGCCAGCUCCACAAGGAGGUGGACGAAUAUCGCCUCCGCUACCAGCAGCCAGAGACCCAGCGCGAGUUCGACCUGUGGGACCCCAACAGGCUGAAGAAGGACACGCCUGCCCGCGUCGCCGACGAUGACCCCCGCUGCCGGCCCUCGGGGCUGCAGAAGUUCCAGGGCGAGGACCUGAACGCCAAGGCCCGGAAGAAAUUCCAGCAGCAGGAGUUCCGCAAGUGGCUGACGGCUCAGAGGGCAGAGAAGGAGCGGUCAGAAAGAGACCAGAAAUUCGCAGACGACCUGUAUCACAAGAAGGAGAUGGAGCUCGACGCCAGAGCCAUGAAGCUGGCCGAGUUGGAGGAAGAGGCCCACAGAGCUCUCGACGCCGCCACUCUUAACUACAACAUGGCACUGGCAGCCGAGCAAGCAGCGGCCAGGGAGACAGCGAGGCUGCGGGAGACGGACGAGAGCUACGCGGAGAUCGGGAGCCACGUGUACGGGGACAUGCUGACGGAGGAUCCCGCGGUGGCUGUCAGCGCCUUCGGCCCCCACCGCGUGGUGACCGACCGCUGGAAGGGGAUGAGCCCACAGCAGCUGGGGGAGAUCCACCAGGAGCGGAGGCAGCAGAUCGAGGAGAAUAAGAGGCUGAGGAUGAAAGAGGCGCAAGUGGAGGCCGAGUGGGAGCACCAGCGGCUGGUGGUGGCGCGGGCUGCCAUGGCGAUGGAGCAGCAGGAGGCGGAGGAAGCGAGGAGACGGAGGCAGGAGCUGGACAAGUACAACAGCCACCUGGCCAUGGAGCAACUCGCACACCAGCAUUACCUGGAUAAGGAGCUUUACACAAACCCGCCAAGUGCGCAGUAUUUCCUGCAGUUCAACACAUCCAGUCGCUAA